AUGCUUGAUCCUUUGGGAGUGGGCGUUGAAGCUGGGGACCAAGAGCAAUUGAAUACAGGAAACAAGGUAGCCGAGGUUAACUUAUUGAUGGUCAAGGUAACUGAAGAACCAGAAAUUGGCAGUAGCUUCACGGCCACCAAAUUGGAGCAAUGGAUUGCCAAGAAUGUAACAUGA